CCACGAAUGCAGAAGAGUAAAGCUGGUGGUUCUUCUGAGGAAGACACUACUUGUGUGCAGAAAACAGAAAAUGUCCACUUGCUGUUUGUAAAAGCUCAAACAAGUGAAGAGACAGAGUGGUUGGUCUUCAGUGUGUAAGUCCUAACUAUUUACUGCUGUGGCUCUAUGACACUACUACUAUUCUUCUCAUAGAACAAGGAUAAAAGCUAUUAGAUUAUCUCGCAUAACUUUUUUGAAAUUAUUUGUGUAUGUGUAGGCUAAUUAUUUGUGUUGGCAAAUGACUAGCAGUUAGUCACUACACAUAAGCGCUACGGCUGCCUGCUGUUACUCCACGACACCCAGUCAAAUCCAAACCUGAGAGCCAGCCUGGAAGGGGCGUGGACUCAGCCCACAUCUCAGCUAAUGCAGCCGCCCACCAUGUCAUUAAUCUCAGGCUGUGGGCCGUCUGACCGUCACCCAGGUUGCCUUCAUCCGUCCUGUCACCCGAAGGACUCCGUGUCGGACCGGCUGGAUCUGAUCUCUGGGUGUCUCCAGUAGCGGGAUGAAACCGGCUCAGUGAUAAAGGAGCAUCUCCUCCGUCUUUCUUUUCUCCUGAAACGGAGCUUGGCUUUCAUUCUCCUACCGGCGGAGAUAUGAGGAAUCCACUGGCCGAUGUCGCCCUGACAUUGUGGCUGUUUGUAGAGUGUGUAGAAGCCAAAAAGUAUUGCUGGUAUUUUGAAGGCGGAUACCCCAUCUACUUCAUAUGUCGCUCCUAUGAGGACUGCUGUGGGACUCGCUGCUGUGUGAGAGCCCUGUCUAUCCAGAGACUAUGGUACUUCUGGGUGCUGCUGAUGAUGGGAGUAUUGUUCUGCUGCGGUGCUGGCUUCUUCAUUCGGAGAAGGAUGUAUCCCUCCUCUCUGAGAGACGAGCCGGCCUUCAACGUCUCCUUCACGAGGCACCCUGUCACCACACCAGUUUCCCAGCAGCCAGGAAGUAUGCAGGGCUUCGGGAUCAACGGGAUGACAGGUGGUGACCCAGGGGUCACCAUGACACACCCGGCGUACCCGGGGCAGCCUGGCUCUGCCCGUAUGAUGGGCUCCUAUUCUCCACCUCCGUCCUACUGCAACCACCCACCUCCGCCCUAUGAACAAAUAUUUCAAAACGGUGACAAGAAGUAACGUCCCCAAGGAACUAAAGAGAUGCAUCUUGACAAGGACAAAGGGAAGGAAGGAGGCAGUUAGAGGCUGCAUGUUCACAUGAAGAUGAGGAAGAGGAGAGCCUGCCGAUUGUUUGCACCUUUACAGUUUGUGGAUGUAAGACUUGUCCUGUGGAAAAGAGGCACAGUAACCAGAAUCUAGAUGCACAGACACACACUCAUUCACUCACACACACUGCUCCGUCUGCAGUGCUGCAUUUCCUCUUGAUUUCUGUGGAUCUUUGUGUACAGUGACCGUGGCAGCCCUGCUGAACUGAAGACGAGCGAGGGCAGACCCUUUCAGGUUGAGGUUUUGGAUUCACCCACUGUCAUCCGUCUCCUCCACCCUCCCAAGGCAACUACAACCAGAGCUUUGCAGAAUGGAACAGAAAAUGACAGUCAAACUCAUAAUGUAUUAAAAUGCUGGAGACUGUUUGUCUUAAUGGACAGUGUCUUAACAAUUGUUCAGAAAUAUUUUCGACUUAACAGCUGAAAAAUGUAACUAAGGAAAAUACAUAAUUAUAAAAACUGUACAAACCAUUCUUAAAAGCAAUUUCAAGGAUGACACUGACUUACUUUCUAUCCAGCAUUUUACUGCAAGAUGGGCUCUUUACUAAAUGACGAGUUCUUGAUACAUUUUUUAUUACAGUACGUGUAGUCCACUUAUGUAAUGACAUAAUGAGCUGCUCCGGCAGUCACUGGCUCAUACUCCUGUUAGCAGGAAGAGCUUUAGUCCGCCACAGGAUGAAUCAGACAUGGACAGAGUGACGCUGAGAUGGAAGUGGCUGACGGUAUGCCACUCCAGUUCUAGUGUUCCACCACACCCCACUAGCAAAUACCGAUUCUGCCACGGACAUGUGCCACUUUUCACUUUUUAGAUCUGGUGUAAAAUUGGUAGUGCCGUAACAUUAUACUGGAAGAUAACAACUCCUUGACUGCAACUGUCAGGCACAGAUGUGAUCAAUGCUAUACUUUUCUGGCAGCUAACCCAGUGAGGCUAUCCGUAGCUACAUAUUACUCCUGUACAGCUAGCAUAGAGAGUGUAGCCUUGGACAAAGUUUGAUUUGAUUAACGCUAGUUAUAUGCUACAGAUGCUGCAUUCAUGGAAGAAUAGGAAAAUCUCUUGUUAUUCUGACUUGGUAGCACUCAGGCAUUAUUCCAAGGGGAUGACCCCCCACUGUUAAGGCCUGCACCCGCUUUUAAAACUGAACUGAAAUUUCGUGGCAAAUUCAGUUCAUUCCAUUGGAAUGGCCACGAAUAGCGGAUUCACUCAUGGGGGCAAAGUAAAUCCACGCCGCUGACCAAUAGCAAGCCAUCUUGACAGUACUGACCUACUAUAGCUUCCUCCCAAAAUGGAGACGGCUAUUGUAGCUUAUUAGCUGUGCUGCACUCUCCACUUUUAUUUAACCUCCUCCGAUGGAGCUAACACUUCCACAAAAGAGGAGUGGUUUGCAGACAAUGUAAUGAGUUAUGAGACAGGUGGUACAAACACGUCUUUUGACUGACUGUUAGAAAGCUGGUUAGUAAAACAAGCAUACCCUCAGCCACUGUUCCAUCUUGGCCCUGCUGCAUGGGUGUGUGUGAAUGGGGUGAGUGCAAUAUGUAGUGUGUGAAGCGCUUUGAGUGGUCGGAAGACUUGAAAGGCGCUGUACAAGUACAGUCAAAAGUCCAAUGUACCGAGCUGUGACAUUGCACUGUAGGCCCACAUUACGGAGAAAUAUUUAGGUCAAAUUUCAAUAAAUGAGGAAAUAGUUGACAUAUUGCCAGAAAUAAAUCUAUGAACUGAUAUUUAAAUAAUAGGGAGAGGAAGGAGAUAAGCGGAUGCAAAUGGCCAUUCUUCUGCUCUCUGUGACGUCAGUGUUGUAGUUGAGAGUAACUGUUCUGUGUCGGAGCUGCAGCAGCGAUCCAUGUCCCGCAUCUGACAUUCCUGCUGAAUCACUGGGCGUGUGCGCCAAGAGCGGCGCAUCAAGCUGCUUCCCACAGAGUGGCAGCUUUAAAAAAUCAUUACUUUGCAUCCUCUGUCCAUGCACUUUCAAUGGAAGUCUAGUGAAGGAAAAUCAGUUGUGCGAGACUGACUGCUUCUGUUUGGUCAUUCACAUUACCUGAGUGGAUUUAACUUCACGUUUGUCUCUUUCAGAUUUAUGUGAAGAUAUUUAUUUUUCUUUCAGGUUGCUGCAACAAACAUCUCAAGUGCAUUGAAGGUAAAAUUCUGGAUUAUUUCUCACAAUCCAGGAGCAAUACAGUAAAGUUGUCAUGGUAACAUAGUUUUGCUUAAGUAAAUCAAACCUUCAGAAAUCUGUGGUGAAAAUCAGAGGGAAUGGAGCCAAACUGGACCGAGGAGGAGAAACCUGUGUUAUUAGCUGAAUCUGCCAGAAAGAAGGGAUGGUCCAGUCUGUAGCUGCACAUGUGGUGAGACAUAAAAGCUCUCAGGAGUGUAAGGAAGUGCUUUGAAUCCAAAAUGCAAUGGAAUAGUUUGACAUUGUGGGAAACAUGCUGAAGUGCACUCCUAUUAAACAUGGAGCUGGGACUGGGAGGCAGUUAGCUUAUCUAAGCAUAAGAGAUAACUUAUUUAUGGGGGGAAAGUAAAUAAAAAUACACCUACCAACACCUCUAAUGCUCACUUAUUAACAUGUUGUUUCUUGUUUGUUUACUCUGUACACAAACAAAUAUAAAAAUGACAAUUUGUGGUUUUAGGGGGAGUUACAUGCUGGAAACUCUGGGAAAUCACUGCACCCAGCUGUUGUUCGCCGAGAAAGAGUUCCAGCACGAAACUCCACCUGAAACCACAAAUCACUGUUUCUAGGUGUGUUCUGAUUAACCAGACAGACACAGCAGGUCCACUGGGAGCUUUCGAGGUGGAUUUUCUCAGUUUUGGACUGAGCCAGGCUAGCUGUUUGCUCUGCGUCAAGUCAUUCUGCUAAGCUAGGCUAACCACCUCCUGACUCCAGCUCUGCAGUUAACACACACACACACGAGAUUUAUAUCGACAUUCUCAUCUAUCUGCAAGAAAGCGAAUGCGUGUAUUUCCCAGAAUGUUGAACUACUCCUCAAACUCAGUGACUUCACUGUGGCACCCACAGUUUCCAGUAAACACCAGUGAGCUGGGAGGACAAAAGGGAUUUACGGCACUAUUGGCUGUAUUUUUAAGGAUAAACAUUAUUUAUUUAUUUAUUUAUUGAUACAUUAUAAGAACUAAACUUAAUCAGGACAUUAUGUAAAUUAUAAAGAUUUAACUAAAUUACUAUUCAUUAACUUCUUUGAUGAUGCACUUAGGCUCCUUUUCAUAAGUAAAACAUUUCUAUGUCCAACACAUGUUUUUAUACACACUCCCUGGUAGUAUGUGUGUGUUACUGUGAACAUACUGUCACUUAUGCUUGAAGGUAGAUUUCAGUAUGAUGAUCAGGACCAAGUGAAGUGCACAGGCAUGCGCCUGUGUUCCUUGGUGUUGAAUAAUUCAGCGUCAGUGUGGUAAAUGUGACUAUGGGAGAGAGGGAGAGAUCGAGCUGCUGAAUGUAAAAUAGCUAAAUGCUCUAAGCAGGAUGUCCAUCCUUCCUGAGGUAGAGAUGGAGGGAAAGAGCGGGUUC